AUGUCAACCAACGCCGGCCUUCAGAGCAAUGGCUCCUCCUUCGCCAGCGACAUCAACGCAGACCCAAACCGGAUCAAGUUCGCAUACUGGGUCCCCAACGUCUCGGGCGGUCUAGUGAUCUCCAAGAUCCCACAACGCACGAACUGGGAUCUCCCGUCCAACGUCCAAUACGCCCAGACCGCGGAGAAGGUGGGCUUCGAAUACGCGCUGUCCCAGAUCCGCUUCAUGGCCGGCUACGGGGCCGAGUCACAGCACGAGCCCGUCACGUUCUCGCAGGCGCUGCUGCACCAGACCAAGACCCUGAAGCUGAUCGUCGCGCUGUUGCCGGGCCCCUGGAACCCGGCCGUCGCGGCCAAACAGAUCGCCAGCAUCGACAACUACACGGACGGCCGGGUCGCGGUCAACGUGGUAUCGGGCUGGUUCAAGGCCGAGUUCACCAGCAUUGGUCAGUGGUGGCUCGACCAUGGCGAACGGUACCGGCGGUCGCGCGAGUUUAUUGCCUGUCUGAAGGGUAUCUGGACGCAGGACAAAUUCUCGUUUCACGGCGACUUCUACCAGUUCCACGACUAUAAUUUGCAGCCGAAGCCGUUGAAGUGGGAGGGCAGACCGCAUCCGGAGAUUUUCCAGGGCGGGAAUUCGAUCGAUGCGAGAGAGAAUGCGGCGACGGUGUCGGAUUAUUAUUUCAUGAAUGGGAAUACUCUCGAAGGUUUCCAAACCCAAAUCGCCGACGUCAAAGCCCGCGCAGCCCGCGAAAACCGAGCCGACCAAGUCAAAUUCGCGCUCAACGCGUUCGUCAUCUCGCGACCCACCGAGGCCGAAGCCAUCCAAGUCCUCCAGGAGAUCCAGGGCAAAGCCGACAAAGAAGCCGUCCUGGCCUUCAGCAAUCAGGUGCACAACAACGCCGGCGCCGCGACCGCCGACAAGACCGGCAUGUGGGCCGACAGCAAGUUCGAGGAUCUGGUGCAGUACAACGACGGAUUCAAGACCAAACUGAUCGGCACGCCGCAGCAGAUCGCCGACCGCAUCCUGCUGUUGAAGAGUCUAGGCGUGAGUAUUUUGUUGACGGCGUUUCUGCAUUACGAUGAAGAGAUCGAGAAGUUUGGCAACGAGGUGUUGCCGCUGGUGAGGAAGUUGGAGGCCGAGGGACGGGGGAGGGACGUCGAGUUUGAGAUUAAGUUGACUGGCGAUGUUUAUCGGAGUAGGGGAAACAAGACUACUUGA